CAGUUGCGGAUACCGGCGGGAGCGGUCGGCAUCGACAUCAGGAACUCGAGCAUCGCGACGAUACCGUCGGACGCGUUCUCGCAGUACGGCGCCACUUUGGAGGAGCUCAACAUCACCGGAUGCGGCGUGGAGGAGGUUCAGCCGAACGCAUUCAGGGGUCUCAUUAAGCUGCGCGUGUUGGGUCUGGUGGACAACAAGAUCCGCGCGUUGGACGCGUCGUGGCUCGACGAUCUGCCGCGGCUGAGCGCGCUCGUAGUUUGGCGCAAUCGGAUCAGCACGAUCGAUCCGCGUCUCUACGACUCGCUGCCGAAUCUGCAGUUCUGGGACAUCGCGCACAACGAGCUGGUCGACUGCCUGUCGCCCGAGUCUCUGAGGAAGCUGACGAAGCUGCGUAGGAUCUACAUCGCCGGCAAUCCCUGGUCGUACCGGUGUCGCGCCUCGAUGACCUGGUAUUUGGGCAGCAAUCAUAUCCGCUUCGUCCAGAACUGGGGCCCCGCUGAUCUCUUGAUCGAGGAGUGCCUCGCUCACGAGCCGAACGCCGCCAGUGACGACGCCGCCUUGAACGGCUGCGUCGAGCGCAACACCAUCUCCGCUGACACGUUGCCCUACCUGACCUCGAUGGUCCGGGAUCUCAUGAGAAAAGUCACAGAAUUACAAGCCGAUGUCGCCGCUUUGAAGAAGGCGGGAUAAGGUGGACCCCUUCGGCGGCCCCGAGUCUCUGAAGCUGUUUUUGGGUGAUAUGACGAAUGGGAGACAGCAGUGGCAAAUGUGACAUCAGUCGUAGUGUAUGUGUGCGAGCUUUUUAAUCUGUUUGGUACGACUAAGCUUCUUCUUAUCGUCGUUCUGUAGUGAAUGUAAAGUUUCACAAUUAGAAUUGGUUGUAUUUAUUAGUAUGUAGUAAUCAGUAUGCAUAGAACAUUGUAUAAUUGUAUUAAAACAUAAUAUAAAAGACCUAAUCCAAUAAGA